AUGCGACCCCUAAUCAUAAUCGUUUGUUUAGCCGUGAAAAUCCCCGAGGUGGUGAAAAUACCGGCACCUAAAGAAGACGAUAGCUUGGACCAGGAAAUCAUGUUCGAGGCCGAAAAUGAUGCCUGUGACGUCAGAGAGAUAAUCGUCAAUGGAAUCAGUUUGGAGCAAUCCGCUAGACGAUCAACAUCAGCUGGCCAAGCUAUGUUCCAAGUCACUCAGAACACAAUAAACAUCCACAUAGGACCGUUCCUGGAAGCGUAUGCAGGCACAUACCAGGCCAAGUUCGCGUGUGGAGAGGAAACCAUCACUAAGAAUAUUAUGGAGGUCACAUUGGAUGAACAUUCUGGCGGCGGAGGAUCGAAGGAUGACGACACACAUAAAUCUGAUACCGAUACAGAAGACCAUGAUUCUAAAGAUGGCGGUAAAAACGACGGUGGAGGUGAUGGAGGCGGUGGAGGUAGUGGGGGUGGUGGAGCACCCGCAGUCAAGAUAGUCGUCGAAGACAAGUCCUGCACUUUAGCAGGAGAGUGCAAAGAAGAAAAAACAUACGAGUGCGAAAGCUGCACGCUCAAAGCUGUUAAAUGCAACGACGCGGCCGCUGAUGCUGCCAAGGUCGUGAUUGAUGCGGAAAAUAAGAAGAUCGUUUUUGACUUUAAAGAGUUCGCAGACACGGACUCCUGUGUGUACAUGGGCGAGUUCGAUAUAAAUGGCAAUGCGCAUAGCCAACCUGUAGCUGUUAUAGACAACGAUUGUGAGUACCUACACCAUUAA